CAUAGGGCAGACUAAUGUUGCUCUACCUAUAUAAAGACAAAUGAAGCUUGUUACUUUUCUUUUGGUGGCCCAUUGGCUUUGUUCUCUUGCCUCCUCUCAAGCAACAGUUGAAUUAUCUCCAUCUACCGGUAAUGUCUCAGUAUGCCAAGGAGAAGUACAAAAGAUAACUUGUACUGUGAAUGGAUCUCAAGUAGUGGCCUGGCAAUAUAAUGAAGAAUCUCUAAUUUACUUCGAUGCUGUAAAAACUGGUGAAGAUAAUACCACACUGUUUAAUUUUAAAUUACUGUGUCAUAAUAAUGUCACACUAAUCUCAACUGCAGUUGGUAAUGUGUCUACUUUAAUAAAUGGGAGCACCCUUGAGUGUAGGAAUACAAUACCAGACAUUAGUUCAAGUAUCAGACAACAUAUCAACUUUACUGUUAAAAAUACAAUACCUAUCAGUUAUCUUCAUGUUGAUGCUGUAUCAUCAGAUACAUUAUUAAUAAUUUGGGCUGGAGCUGAUUGUAUACAAUCUUAUGAUGUAUUAAUUAAUGGAACUAAUGUUAAUACUACCAGUGGAAUGAGUCUAUUGUAUAAUACUGGAGGAGCUAUUGGCAGUAUUGAUGUAUUGGUUAAUAGUGUUGAUUAUUAUGGAAGAGCAGUGGGUAACUUAUCAACUCAAUAUCAAUUUAACACACAUGAUUUUGAAGUUAAGGCUAUUGUACGUAACAAUACUUCCAUCAUUAUCGCAAUUAAGGAUAAUUACAUCAAUCACCGGCCUGUUCCAUUGUCCUGUGAAUUAAUAGUAUCAAACUUAACUCAGUCAUCAUCAUCAAUGGACUGUCUCUCUAAAAGACUGUUUAUAUUCACUAAUGUCACUGAAGGAGAUGUGUAUAAUUAUACUGUUACUAUUACUAAUGUCAUUGGGUCUGCUGUUAAGAAUGGUUCCAUAGUACUACCAGUACAAGUGUGCCCGUCACAAGCUCAAAAUUUCUAUUCAACUUUGAUGAUGUCUCAACAGUCUCUUUGUUUAUCAGAUACAAGCACCAGUACUUCAACAACUACCAGUAAUAGACCUGGUGGAUCAAAUUGUGUCCUUCCUUGGAUAUUUGGUGUAGUAGCUGGGACAGUAGUGGCUUCACUUUUGAUUUAGCUUUUACUUCAAAGACUUACAGCCUCGUGUACUAAAGGAACAUAUUAAGAUUGUCUUCCUAAGUAAAAAUUAUUAUAGUUUUGUAGUUUUUCAUUAGUAUCAGUUUUAAUGAUUACAUAGAUAUUU